AUGCUUCCCAUCUCCCGUCGGUCGCUUCUCGCCCACUCACUCAAGCCAAACUCGCUCUCCAGACCAUUGUCAUCGCUGCCCUCCUCAUCAUCGUCUGCCCGCCCUUCAUCCUUCUCCUCGGCUUCCCUCUCCCUCUUCCAGAAAUCGAUCCUCUCAAGACCUUUCAUUUCCCCCAUCUCACUCUCCGCCAAACAUGCUUUCUCCGUUUCAACCCGAGAUCUGAAUUCGACUGCUGCGUUGAGAGCCAGGACAGAUGUCGAAGCAAGUCAGGAAGAUGAACCGCAAGAGAGCUCAGACCAGCCCACCACUCAACCUUUCUCAAGCAUCGAGUCCUAUAUAUCCCCAGCACUUUAUCGAGCCGUCACCGAAUCUCCCUUUGGCUACUCUCACAUGUCAGCCGUCCAAGAUCAACUGCUGAGUGAUCUCCCGAACCUGAUUCAAGGCUCAGAAGAUGGCGUGACCAAGACGAAAGAUUUGCUGGUCAAAGCCAAGACAGGCACCGGAAAGACUCUUGCCUUCUUGAUACCCGCUGUCGAAUCCCGUCUCCGAGACCUUGAGGCUGAACAGCUCCGAUUCAAAACUCAAAACCCAGACGCCAGCCAUCAGAAUCUCACCCUGCACAUGAGACGCUAUGAGGCCGAGACAACCGGGAUCGUGGUCAUGUCCCCAACACGUGAACUAGCCACCCAGAUCGCACAGGAAGCCAUCAAGUUGACCUCUCAUCUCAAGCAAUUCGGAAUUCGAUUGUUUGUUGGUGGGGCUAGCAAAGCCGCCCAACUUCGUGAAUUUGAACGUGGACGACGGGAUAUUGUGGUUGCCACUCCAGGCAGAUUGAACGACGUCCUGAACACAAGCCCCACCGUCCGUCGGAACCUGGGAACCGCCAAAACAUUGAUCAUGGAUGAAGCCGACACGCUGCUCGAGAUGGGAUUCAAGGAGGAGAUCGAUGUGAUCGUCAAGCAGCUCCCUCCCAAGGAGGAACGAUCCACCUACCUCUUUUCUGCCACCAUCUCACCCGAAAUCAACCGAAUCGCUCAACAGACGAUGAAGAAAGAUACCAAGAUCGUCGAUUGUGUGCCCUCUGGUGAAACCAACGUCCAUGCCCACGUCCCGCAAUACUAUACCAUCUUGCCCAACCCCAACCAGCAGAUCAAACACAUCUUCAAUCUCAUCGCCCAUGACCAACUGAUCAACCCGAGCGGUAAAACCGUCAUCUUCUUACCCACCACCAAGAUGACCCAGCUAUUCAGUCAAAUGAUCUCCAGCUUCAGACGUAACCUACCGUGGAACUCUGCCGGUUUGACCAAAGUCUAUGAAAUGCAUGGCGGAAGAACUCAAAGGGAAAGAGAGAACAUCGCCAAAGAUUUCCGAGCGGGAUCAGGUGGUGGUUACCAAGUUUUGGUCACUUCCGAUGUUUCUGCUAGAGGUGUGGAUUACCCCGGAGUAACCCGAGUGAUCCAAAUCGGAGUGCCUACGAGUCGAGAUAUAUAUGUGCACAGAGUUGGACGAACUGGACGGGCGGGCAAAUCGGGCCGAGGUGACUUGAUCCUAUUGCCAUUUGAAGCCGGCUACGUCCCCUCCGCAUUACGCGAGAUCCCGAUCAAGCCGUUGUCGGUCUCCGGUCUGAGCGACGAGGUGGCCCAGAUGAUCUCCAAGAUCGAUGAGGCUGGCCAAGCGCAAGCGCCGACGAUCAUCCAACAAGUCAGUCAACAAAGGUCGGCAAUGAACAGCCGAAACUCGCGCUACUCCAACCAACGCUCAGGUUCGCGGGAGAGCGAGUCGCGAUCGAGCACCCAAGAGGUGCAAAUGCAGCUACCGGUGUCGACGCGAGUGCAAUCGUUUGAGGAGAACCUGAAGGAGAACAUCAUCCCAUCGAUCGGAGAAGAAGCGAUCCGGGAAUCGUUCGGCUCCAUGCUGGGGUACUACGGCUCGAAAGCCUCGGACAUCCGGACGACCAAGGAGGCCAUCCUGAGCGGCUUGAAAGACUGGGCCGUCUCGGGCAUGUUACUUCCUGAAGAACCGUACGUCUCGCCGACCUUCCUGCAGAAGUUGGGCUUCAACAACGACCGCAAGAUGGCCCGAUCUGGCGGAGGCUGGGGAAACAACUCUCGCGGUGGAGGCGGAGGAAGCAGUUGGGGCCGAGGGGCGGGCGGAGGCGGGAACGCCUGGGCGCGUGGCGGGACCAGCCAAUUCGGCCGAAGCGAGGGCGGAUAUUCGCAAGGCCGGGCCGGAGGCAGCAGCGGAGGAGGCUAUUCGCAAGGCCGGGCCGGAGGCAGCAGUGGAGGAGGCUAUUCGCAAGGCCGGGCCGGCGGGAGCAGUGGGGGAGGCUAUUCACAGGGCCGCGCCGGCGCCGGCACGCGCGACCGUGAUGCCGCCCCGUUCAUGAACCGCGGCUCGGCCCAGUUCGGCGGCGGCCAGGGCCGGAGAGGAGGCUUUUCUUCCUCCGGUGGUCCUAGCUUCGGCGGCGGCGGCGGAAAAUUCGACCGAUCUUCUUCCGAACGCAAGUUCAGGCCCCGCGACUAA